UUCUCGGCUGAACCGAGUGUUAGGGGCGGCUCGCAUGGUCUGUGCGCGCUGCGAGCGAUAGGUUUGCCGCGAGAUAAGCUUUUUUGAAGAUCGCGUUGGAAUUCUUUCGGCCUUUGUGUUCUUGCAAGUGAGGCCCUGUCGAGUUGCGAGUCGCACCCUCCAUCGCAAUAGAAACAAUCAUCUGCUGGCAGCGACUCACCCAGGCGCAACGCUGAAACUACAGGACUCAAACGCUUUGGGAAUUCAUUCAUUGCAACAGUUACGCUUCGACAACAAAAGAUGCCGCCGACAACAUCAGCAGGGCUGCCCGCUAUGGCGAAGCAGUCGACGCCGAAGACAAUGUCGUCUCGACUCAUGACGAUGAAGUUUAUGCAAAGAGGUGCUGCUGCUGCCGCCGCCGCCGCCUCUGCCUCGGGUACGCCAGUAGCCAGCUCGCCCGCGAGCCCGAGAAGCGAGGACGGCUCCGCGAAGCGCCGAAAGUUCGCGCAUACGCCUUCUUCGGCAGCCGGCUCGCCGGCGACGCCGCUCUUUGACCAGAAGGCGAUUCAGGCUGCGAUGGAGGAGGAGGAGAAGAAGCGGCAAGCGGCCAUCGAGAAGCGCGCCGCCGAACUAGGCGACUCGCACUGGGUGCUGGAAGGCGCGUCCGCCCUGCCCGCGGGCGGCUCUCGCCCGCUUCUGAACGUUGUCCAGGUUGGGUUCUCGCAGAUUGACUACGCAGGCGUGUCAACAGGGGAUGAUGAUCCGUUUGACAUGGGCAGCGUGCCUGCCCAAACCCAGAUCCGCAGGUUCAACAUGAAGAAGCCCAAGGCAUGUUCACGUCGGAGAAGACGAGUCAAAAGCUAUGCUGACAAUGUACCUAGGCUGCUAAGAAAGAGGAUGAUGAGGCCGCCAGCAGUGGCUCUGAUUCCAGCUCUGGCUCAGAUGCCCAAAGUGACUCUGAAAACGAGAGCUCCUCUCCGCCAUCUCGAGACCAGCAGGGCCGCGGCCGGCACGCUACUGCCAAUGACGUAGAGCGCAAGCGGUUGAGAUCCAGCGUGUCGCGUCGGAGGGAAGAGGAACGGAAGAAGGCACAGCAGCUUGCUGGGAAGAGGCGGAAAAAGGAGGUCAAGCUCAGUCAACUGACCGCGC